AUGGUUCACAUAUCAACUGACCCUUUUGAAGGAAAUGAUUCUUCCGUUUAUGAUGUUAAUUAUGUGAGUUUCAACAUGAAAGUUAUGAGAGACAGCCUGAUUUCUAGUCUUGAAAAAUUUUGGCAAUGUAUAAAAAUCAAAGCUGAUGAUUAUGUGCUCAAAAAUAAUAUUGAAAAUAUUAAUGCUCAACGUGAGGAAUUCUUCGGUUUUUUGGAAGGAUCAGUUCAACAAAGCCAUGAAAUUCGAAAUUAUUCUUUAAAGUUACGACUAUUUAUUAACAGUUUUCGAGAGGAUUCGUUCUCCAACGAUGAAUAUUUUAAGGAAUUAGAAUCAUUAUUGGAUGACACUAAGAAGAAUCUAAAAUCUGCUGAAACAUUGCAAGCUCAAGUCAGGAGAAUUAAAAAUGAAUUAGUAAGAAUUGGAGAAGAUCUUAAUAAAUACCAAGAAGAUAUCCAGCGUGAUCCGGAAAAUGUUAAAUCAAAAUGUAAAGAUAACUUUGAUAAAACCCAAUAUUGGAUGAAAAUGUUCGGUUUAACUCGCUACGCUAGUCCUUUAGUAGGAGCUGGUGUUGGAUUGGCAGCUGGAAGUGUGGUUGUUUUCUUAGCUGGAGCAGGAGUAGGCUUAUCAAGCGAAGUUUUUAGAAGAAAGUAUUCAUCACAAAACGAUGAGGAAAGAAGGCAAUUAGAAGAACAAAGGGAUGAAUUAAUAACUAAUAUUGAUAUUGUGUUAGCAAAUUUUGAAUCAUUAAGCAUGGCAAUUGCACAACUCAUUGUAUAUUGGGAGAUUCAAUCAACGACUAUUUCUGUUCUUUCAACCAAAUUGAAUGAAGUAAAAGAUGAGCAGAAUCAUAAUAAAUUACUUAUUAGAGUGAUCGAUAAAACUAUAAAGGACUUAGAAUCAGAUGAACUUUUUUCCAAAGAUUUUUGCGUCGCAGUCAGAGUUUUAAUGGCUAGAUAUGAGUUGAGAUCAAUAUCUGAAGGAACUCAAGAUGAUGAAUUUUGA